CCGGAUGUCCCAUGUUUCAUCAUUUCAGUGCAGCUUUGCUGGUGAGAAAUCAGAUCCUGAAGUUGCGUUAUGUUAAUGGUGUAGUGGGAUGUGGUCGGUUCAAAACCUAAUAUUCUGACCCAUAUUCCUUUACAUUGAUGACAACCGGACAGUGAGUGGCCUCGUAAAUCGUGGCAAAUUGGACAAGGUAAUUUUGCUGACGACUUCAUACUUUUUGGAGGCCUGGGGAAAAACACAAACACGUUAAGCUAACGAUAAGUAGCCACCAUGUCGUGGGAAGAAAAGCCUUGCUUUCUGGCCUCGCCUCUGUGCUCUCCUCUACCCAGUUCGCCUGCUCUCUGAUCCCACUGAACAACUAAACAAGCAGAGGUAACUAGCUGUCAAUGCAGCUAACAGUUAGCAUUAUACAUUAGUCAAAACCGACGGUUUAGCUUGUUAGCUCGCGAGCCAUGGCGGACAGCUUUGGAGAGCAGUCCAACGGCGGUGCCCUUGGCUUAGGCGUCACAGGACAGGGCAACGGAUCUUCACUGCUGCCGACUUUGGCCAGCUCUCUGCCCGUGGGACACUCGGCCGCCAGCGGUGCUCACUCCAGCUCUAACCUGGCCUUCCCUCCUCCCGCCGCGGCCGCGCAUAGUGGCCUAACCGCCCUGGUCGCCCCUAUGUCCGUUGUCACUGCGACACCAAUAGGUUUUGGGAACACAUUCACCCCCGGCUCCUCGUCACCGGUCGUGGCCGUGUCUACGACCCUACACGCCUCCUCGACUCUCCCCGGUGUUGGGCUAGGGGUCGGCGGGGUGGCAGGAGCGGGCCUUCUGUCCCAAAUCCACGCCACAUCCUGGGACCCGACCCUCAGUACGGACUGGGACAACGAGAAGGCUUCCCAGCAGUGCAUCCUGAGAAUAAAGAGGGAUAUCAUGUCCAUCUACAAGGAACCUCCUCCAGGGAUGUUUGUAGUCCCUGAUCCUCAAGACAUGACCAAGAUCCACGCCUUGAUCACAGGGCCGUUUGACACACCGUACGAGGGCGGCUUUUUCCUCUUCCUGUUCCGCUGCCCCCCCGACUACCCCAUCCACCCACCGCGGGUCAAACUCAUCACCACUGGACACAACACUGUCCGGUUCAACCCCAACUUUUACCGCAACGGCAAAGUCUGCCUGAGCAUCCUGGGGACAUGGACAGGCCCAGCAUGGAGCCCAGCCCAGAGCAUCUCAUCUGUCCUCAUCUCCAUCCAGUCUCUGAUGACGGAGAAUCCCUAUCACAAUGAGCCUGGCUUUGAACAGGAGCGCCACCCAGGGGACAGUAAGAACUACAACGAGUGUAUCCGCCAUGAAACCAUGAGGGUGGCUGUGUGCGACAUGCUGGAGGGAAAAGUCCCCUGUCCUGAUGCUCUGUGGAGUGUGAUGGAAAAGUCCUUCCUAGAAUACUAUGAUUUCUACGAGGGAGUCUGCAAAGAGAGACUGCAUCUACAGGGACAGAACAUGCAGGACCCGUUUGGUGAGAAGCGUGGUCGUUUUGACUACCAGGGCCUGCUGGCUCGCCUCAGCACCACCCACAGGCGCGUACGGGAAAAAAGCUUGGCGGAGGACGACCACAACGACGAAGUUUCAGACUCUGACACCAGCUCCUCAGGGACGGACCCCGACAGCCAGGGCAGCUCCCAGCCCUGACUCCCUGGACAGUGCUGGACUCAAAGCCAGGCCGAGAACUAAAGACAAAGGGACCUUUUUUUGUUUUGUUUGCAGUCGAGGAACAAAAUCACAGAAGAGAGUGCAACGCCUACGUCUAAGUUUAGUGAGUCCAGGGUUCAGGAUUGGAAGUAAGAAAAGCGAGGAAUUGGUAGUGCUCCGUUGUCUAUGAACACCAUCCACUAGUCACAUGCUGGUAAAUCUGGCCUUGAGCAGUGUAUUUGUGCUACGUUUGUAGCUAAUGAGCUGUCAUUCUAAUGUCCUGUUUGGUUUUAAAACUUGUUGGCUGCCCAAAUGCCUGAUAGAUGUUGAAAUUAACCAGCCGUUGUUGCUUACGGAUAUAAAAGGUUACUUUUAUGGCUCCAACCUUUUGAAUGCAGAUAUUGCAACAUUCUAAGGAAUUUGAUCCACAAUCCCAAACAGACUCCCAGUCAGUCGUUGUUUUAUAGUCCUUACCUAGGAAAGACAAGGAGAAAUCUUGGAACUCACUUUGGCUUUGAAGUCGAGGCAGGUUUGGGGCAGACGAAGGGACCUGGUAAAGUCGGGGGGGGGGGGGGGGGGGGGGUUAUACUCGUGCCUCAGCUCCUCUUUGCAGGGUGAAGCCACACCUCAGCUCUGUCAGACUCGGCCAUUUAACCAGGCCACAAAACAUCAGCAGCUCGCGAGUCAGAGUACGAUGAUUCCUGUGUAUUGUACAGACAGUUCUGCUUAGCUUUCAGUUCUUAUAGUGCUGUUGAAUUGACAGUAAAUUUGUUUACCAGAUAAAGAAAUGUCACUUUGAUUGACCUCCACCUUUAUACCCUUUGUUAAGCUGUUACUCAUUGUUGUGCUGAAACUAAUUAGCAGUGUGUAGGGUGUACUGUUUCUGUGCGUCUCAAUGCUUUGGAAUCUGUUCAUUUCAUUUUAUACUUUGAGAUUUUGCUCACUAAGUAGCUUUUAUUGAAUAGAAACCUGUACUCCAAUUAUUCGUAUAUCAAUAUUCAUUUGUCUUUUAGGUGCAUGCUUUUCACCACUAGGUGUCAGGCUAUCAAAAGGGGAAAUGAGGCUGAUUAGUCCUUUUUCAGCUAACAGUUUGUAAAACACUCCAAAAGGAUAGGUUCAGAUAGAUUGCUAUCCAAUUCAUCGUAAUACAAUACUCUCAUGCCUGAUGUACAGCCAAUGUGUAAUUAUUCCCCCUGUUCAUACUGGCUGUGAAGAGGUCUCCUCUAGCCUGACUCAACUGUAAAAAUGGGACUAAAUCUACAGUCCUCGUCCAAUUCAGUCACGCAGUGGUCAGGUGUAGGUUUUUAACUACCAGGACGUAUCGGGGCCAUGGUGGAGGGAUUCCAUGCUGCAAACAUGUCAGUGGAAAGUAGAAUUUUCGACAAAAAAAACUAACAUCAGAAGAUACCCACUUGAUUUGACUAACCCAUAUAUGCUUCAGGUUAACUUUGCUAUGCUUAUUGCAUCAGGAAGAGAUCUCUUCACAGCAUUAUGGAAAGGGAGAUUUAUAUUGAAUUACCAGUAACUCUUCCAAAGUACAUACAGGAUGUAAGCAUUUGAUCAAAUCUGAACCUGUCCUUAUUAAAGGAAUAGUCCAACAUUUUGAGAAAUGCAUUUAUUCACGUUCUCGCCGAGAGUCAGACAAGCCUGGUACCAUCAUGUCUGAAAUAUGAGGUUACAGUUAGCUUAGCAUAACAAAUGGAAACUGCUAGCCUGUCUUUGUCUAAAGCUAACAAUAUCCACAUUCUAGCAUUAAAUCUCACUAGUUAACACAUAUCUGCUACAGAUCGUAUAUGGCAUGUUAAUAAGUGAGCGUUAGAUGUGCAGGUAGGAGGACAGAGUGAGGCCAGCUGGCUAAAGUGGUAUCAAUCUUCAUAUUAUACUCUCCGCCAGAAAGGUAAUAAGUAUAAUUCCAAAAAUGUUUAACUUUUCUUUAAGUCUAGCUUUUCAACAUGGUGAGACAAGAGGUCAGACGAAUGAAUGACUUCUGUUUCCUCUCUGCCUUCCAUCGUCCUCCAGUGUCGGCCUCCACCUCUCUGUAGCCAUGUUGAUGGAGAGAAGAGCAGAACUCUUCUGCUGUCCGUGUUGUGUCUGACCCCGGUUCCCCUGGCAGAGGCUAGGUUGCAAAAGAUUCAAAUGGGAUUACUAAUAUAGGGCAUUCCUUUUUUAUUUGUUUUAUGUUAUAGAAUGGUUAUGUGCGAAGCAGCUCCUAGCAGAAUAUAUGUGACUGCCAAAUUGUUGAUUGCAACACACUUCUGAAGCUGAAGUGAAGAGAUCAUAUCCCUGUUUGGUUGUGUUGUGUUGUGCUUAAAGCAGGGUUCUUCUGUGGCUCUGUAAAGCCUGGGUUACUGAUCAGUUCCAGAUCUGCAAAAUGUUGGUAUUGUACAGAAGUUCUGGAAAAGUACAAAAUAAAAUGUUGUUCAGUCCUGAUA